GACUUUUCUCUCCAUCGCUGUUCAUCAUGACCAAGGCUGCCUCUCAAAUCUUUGUUCUCUCCGGCCCAUCAGGCUCCGGAAAGUCUACUCUUUUGAAAAAGCUCUUUUCUGAAUACCCUGACACCUUUGGUUUCAGCGUUUCUCACACUACUCGACAACCACGUCAAGGAGAGGAGAAUGGAAAGGACUAUCACUUUGUCAACAAGGAUGAUAUGAUCAAGGAAGUCGCAGAGGGUAAAUUUAUUGAGAGCGCUACCUUCUCUGGCAACAUGUAUGGUACAUCUAUCAAGGCAGUGCAAGAUGUUGUUGCUCGUGGCAAAAUCUGUGUGUUGGACAUUGAUAUGCAAGGUGUUCAGGCUGUCAAGCAAACAACACUGAACCCUCGCUACAUUUUCGUUCAGCCUCCUAGCCUAGAGACUUUGGAAAAGCGAUUGCGAGGAAGAGGAACUGAAGCAGAAGAUGCUAUUCUCAACCGAUUGGCAGCUUCGCGAAGAGAGCUCGAAUAUGCUCAGCAACCUAACGCGUAUGACCGCAUCAUCAUCAACGACGAUUUGAACAGAGCCUAUGAGGAUCUGAAGAAUGCUAUUUUUGUAUCUGAAUCCGCAUAGCUACCAUCGUGAACAACAUAUAGACAGUAGCCAAACAUCACCAUAAUAUAGAUAUUUUUUUUUGUGUAUUUAUUGACAUUUUGACGUACGUAUGGUCAUAACAAGACUUUAGAUACUCUUUCCAUUGCUGUUGGGGCAUAUUCCUAACAAGGUUUGUUCCCCCCAAGAAUGUGUUCCAAAGUGAUGCAUGAUUUAUGCGUUGUAGUGUGGCUUAUAUUUAAUACACAGCUAAUGGCUUCAUGCGUAUGAAGGUUCAACAGUUUUUGACAAGGAUAACAGCAUAACUGCUGUUGCC